AUGGAUGCUACAGUCCUCACGACGUUGUCGACAUUGCUGCUCGGAUGCAAGGAAAUGUUCCACGUUCAGCCGGAAAGCGUUGUCAUCCACGCGUUUGUAUUGGAAGAUGGGAACAUAUUCCGAUACGAUGAAACAAGUAACAAGAGGUAAGUUUGUGCUGUUUUUGAUUGCCCUCUUUUCUUAGCCGAGUGAAUGUGGCAUUGCCUAGCAAUUUGGAAGGGCAAACAAUCAAAGGAAUACGGUUGGGGGCCGAGCUGAAGGAUGGAGAAGUUUUUGUUGCCGGCCAGAUACACAUUGGGGUUAUGUAAGAUCUUUUCAAAUUGUUUUUUCUGCAUAUCGAUAAAUGUUUCGUCGAUCACGUCACGUUUUAUUACAGCAAAUAUGUCUUUUCUGGAAAUGGAGAUAAUCUGGAGAAAACCGACCGCCUCAUCGAAGCUGGCGACGCUGCAUAUUUUGCGAAGGGAAAGGUUUACCAGAUCUAUUGUAGCGCACACGAGGUUGCGAUGUUUACGCUGAAAGGAACUCGAACAGAACAUUUUAAGCGGAAUGCAAAUAUAUCGCUUCCCUGCGAAGGCCUCUCGUUCAAUGAAGAAGGCACUUCCGUGUUCUUCGAGCAAGAUAGCCAGUGCAAGACAGCUUUUCUAAGCAGCAACCUGAAGCAGGAAGAUGUCUUUGAUUGUAGUGCUCAACAGAUUUUUAAAAAUCCAGGCAGUUUCAUUUCAAAUCUGUACUCGUUGGUACGUUUCAACAUUAAAAUUGAUUUUUAUUUUUUUUCAGAGAUAUUUGGUGGUCAACCACGAGUCCUGCUUCAGUGAUCCUGACGUUUUGACCGAGGAGUUGCUUGACAAUACCCAUGUUCAAUUCCGUUAUGCUGAGCCGACUACUACAACCAUGGGGUAAGUCGGUUUUCAUUCGGGAUCAGCUUUUGGCAAUCAUCCAUGUUCUGCCCUGCUGUCGAAAAUAUUUUUUUCCUAUUGCAGAAUGAAAAUGAAAGAUUUGUUUUUGUAUGAAACGCUUGUAGCUUUUUGCUGCCAACUGAGAUCUCAAGAAGCAUAGAAGUUAAAAGGAGCAUCAAUUUACGGUUUUUUUCGAGAUGCGCCUCGGAAAAGGGGAGUUUCAGUCUACCUUCAGAUAGAAUAUAGGCCCCAGAAAACUAAAGUUUUAGCGAUUUUUCAUCGUCAAUAUUUUUUACAGUUCCGCGACCGAGAAGACGACCUCCUUAUCUCUGCUUUAUGGCGUAAUUGUUGGCUCUUCCCUGGUAAUCUUUAUUGGCCUGGUUACUGCUUGCGUGAUAGUCUGUCUUUUUUGUGGGAGUGUAAGUUUUGUUGUAAGAUUUGAGAUAUAAACUCGACUUUUUAGAGAAUCAGAAGGAAGAAGGGAGAGUCGAAAUCCCCCGUGCCCAAGAAUGCGGCCGUGGUUGAACCGCCCAUGCCAACCCCGGUGCUCCCAGGGCCCAAGACUGCAGUUGUGGUCGAACCGAGCAAGCCAAAUCAGCCCGACUUGCCGGCAGGAAAGGCUAAAGAAUUGCCCGUUGGCGAAUUGAAGAACGCCGAUUUGAUCCUAGAUCUCGCUCCGGAUCUUAAGCCCGGUCGAGAGAUGUGAGUUCAGGCUUUCGGGAUUUGGAUUUUUUCGCGUCCCGACAUUUCGGGUCAGGGACAACUCGGGUCGCGACACUUCGGGUCAACGACACCUCGGGUCAACGACAGUUCGGGUCAACGAUACCGUUUAAUAUUUUCGCUUCGGGACUGGGAAAACAGAAUUUUUUGGUGAAUUUGAAAAAAAUUUGAAAUGUUUUCGCUUCGGGACUUGGGAAAAAGGAUUUUUGAAAUUGAAAUUUUUUCGACUUCUUUUAGACGUUAAUGGUUUUGUUUUGAUGCCUAGUACUGCUUUCAAAAACAUAUUUUAACACUAGGUACUAAAUAGUACUACCUGGUACUAUUUAGUACGAGGUUAAAAUUUGGCCGUGAGGCGGUAAUGGUGCUGGUUUGGUGCUUAGUAGAGCCCAAAAACACGGUUUUAACACUUGGUACUAUAUAGUACCAGGAGGUACUAUCGGUUUUAGACAAAAUUUUAGUGCUGACGGCUCCACAGUUUAUAUUCAGUCAGGCACACAUUUUUCCCAGUCCCGAAGCGAAAAGAUUUCAAAAUUUUGUUCAAAUUCACCAAAAAUUUCUUUUUUCCCAGUCCUGAAGCGAAAAUUUUAAACGGUAUCGUUGACCCGAAAUGUCGUUGACCCAAGGUGUCGUUGACCCGAAGUGUCGUUGACCCGAGUUGUCCCUGACCAGAAAUGUCGUAGCGCCGAUUUUUUUUAUUAAUGUUAAUUUUUUGUUUGGCUUUCCUUUUUUAUUUAAUCUUUUCAAUUUUUUAGUGCCGCCGACGAGGAUGGACUGGCUGGGACCGAGACAUUCAUCGCUUACAAGCCUGGUGAUCCCCCCGGAGAAGGAAUGGACGUUUCGGUGAGCUGCAUGAUCGAUAAGUGUCUGGUCUAGCCUUUCUCUUAUUUUAUUUAUCUUUUCAGCCCGAGUUUGUAUUGACUGUGAACAACACAGACCUCACACUUCUGAAGGCUGAGGAUAAAUUUCCCACCUUCAGUGGUAGUAUUGCGCCCUACGCUUUUGUAAGAACAGAAAAGGGAGGGAAGGAAGUGUUCGGAAUCAAGUUUGUCGGCUUAGAGGGUUUGGAGUUGCUGAAGGUCGAGGUCAAAAUCCUGGAACAGCUUAACAAAAGCUUUGAAGAGUAAGGAUCUUGAUGAAACUUUGGGCCUAGUUCUUAAGAAGAAUUUUCCUGUCCCCAAGGCUGGACUUGGAACUAAUUGUUAGGCCUAAGCUGUUUAUGUUUUCUGAGAGUUCAGUCCCGCAAAGAAGAUCCCAAACGCAAUUGAAAUUCAUCAAGAAAAAUGGAGCUAUUAAUUCUCUUUUUGAGUAACGAUAUUUAAUUUUAGAGAAGAACGUCGCCAUCCAACCGUUUUCCGGGCAUCACAUUGCUUUUUUUCUAAGAUUCGUGAAGGAGGGAUUCUAGUUUCGGAAUUUUAUGCGAAGAAUCUCCAAACAGAGGCAGUCAAACUGGACCUUCCGAGAGCUUUCAUCCUUGGGUAUAGAUGUCUCUUGUGUCUCCGCCAGCUGCAUUCCAUCGGAUUUGCCCAUCUCAACGUGACUCCAGCCAGUUUUGUCUUCAACGUAAGAGCAGGAAAGGUAGGUUGUAGGGUAUUUUUAUUUUGUCGUAAAAAUUUGACGUCUUUUUUCAAUUCCAGGUCAUUCUGACCGAAUUUGGAAUUGGCCGUCGUUUCGGCCGCGAACGCUUCGGCAACCGCGGGGAUGUGAUGUUUGCCUCAAUUGGAAGCCAUGAUUUCUCGCUGGUCGCCGAGCUCGACGAUUAUCAGUCCUGGCUGUUGGUGGUGCUCAGUUUUAUGGCUGAAUUGCCAUAUUCCUCGAUUGCGAAGUCCAACGAAAACCUCGAGGACAAGGCCCGUCUUUGGAGUGAGGUGCGCGCAGCCAAGUGGAAAUUGAUCGCCAACAUCAAGGAUGAUGAGAGGUUUGGUGGGAAAGAAUCUACUAAGAUUUUGGUGAAUUUAUCCAAGUUGACUUGGAGCCCAACCAAGGAAGGGACUAUGGACUUUAAUGGAGUUGUUAGUUUCCUCGAAAAGGUGGGUAAUUCUGUGGAGGAAGAGGUUUAGGUUAUUUUAAAAGUUAUAGAUCAUCUUGGAGACGAAACUUACGCGUUGAGUUUUUCCGACUUGCGCCCUAGUUUUGAUAUUGUCCGUUCGUUUUUAGAGGACCUGGGACGAUUGGGGAAAAAGACGGUUGGGGAAACCGAAAAGUGUUAUUUUUGUUUGAUGCAAAUGUCGAAAUUAGGAUAAUCGAUGGUGCUGAUUUUGAAAAUCAUGUUAACUUUUUCUCUAGUCCUAUGCAGUACGAGGUGAAAAUAUGGCUUUUGACGUUAAUGGUGUUGUUUUGAUUCUUAGUACUCUUCCAAAACACGUUUUAAAAACUUGGUGCUAUUUAGUACGACCUGAUACUAUACAGGCGAAAAUAGCAGUAUUAGGCACCAUAACAACACCAUUAACGUCUAAAAGUUCGAUGGAACUAUAAAUGUUCUAAAAAUUAUGUAGAUCAUGUUCCAGAAGUAUUCCAACUCAACGCCACCUCAAACAUGGCCAUUUGACUAAAAACUUACUGAUAACGAAAUGUCCUUUUUAUUCUCAAUGUCCUGCUGGGCACAUUCUCUGCUUAAAAAUCUGUUUUUUCUACUCACGAAGCGAAAACAUUAAAAAAUUUUUUUUUCUUUUUUUUUGGUAAAGGGUAACCUAUCCUCCGCAAAUCAUUCAAACUUUUGAAAACUAUAUUUUCAUUCCUACUCUCCGACCCAUGAAAUUUCUCGAUUUUUACCGCAGGCAUUCGAAACGAUAAAAAGCGCAAUGGGUCUCUUCCUUCGGAAGAGAGCGGUGUGGCCGAGUGGUUAGUGCCGUAGUCUGGGAAUCAAGAGGGAGGACGCCGCACGGGUUCGACUCCCAUUUUGGGCUGAAUCAACUUUUUUUGAAGUUGAAGGUCGGAAAAAUAAAUUUUUGGGCCAAGACUGAUUUAUUACGUCUUAGAAACUCAAUAAAAAUCAUUUUAAGCCAAAAUAAGAAUUGUAAACCCGUGAACAAUUAAGCGAAAAGGGGUUCAUAUAGGACUUUAAGUCAACUUCCGAUUGAGUUUUCACCCCUAAAAACCUAAAAUGGGCAGAUUUAUGUAUCAUUGAUCAGCGCAUUUUUUCUGAUUUUUUGAGAUAUGUCCCGUCAAAAAGUAGGAGCCCCCAUAAAAGUACUUUCCUUGUGAGCAAAAAUUUUUAUUUCGUCUCUUUCAUUCUUCUUUUUUUUGCUGGUCCGGAAAACGAAAAUUUUCGAUUUUCAACAACAUUAUUUUCCAAUAUUACUUUCAGACCGUUUCGGACUACAAAAUGAACAUGGCCGAGAGCUCUUGGCGGUCACGGACUUGGAAAGAUCCCCUCUUGCAUUGUCCAGCUAGUGUCAGUGACCUUCGACUUCUCACAACGCCUGCCGCCGAUUAG